UUAUGUUGAACGAUUAAACAUUAGUGCUUGGGCCAAGCACAACGCGCGCGACUCGAACGAUCAAGCAUUCGCAAGUACGGCUGCUCUUUCAAUAAUUGAAUUAAUUUUGUAUUUGUUAAUUGUUGUUAAAAAAUUAUAAUUAAAGUAAAUUCAGGUUACAGUCAGUGCAGGUUCAUUACUACAGUCUACAGUCUACAGUCUACAGUAAAGUGCAGGGUGUUUUAAAUAAUUAUUUAGUUUUUUUUAUUAAAUUAAAAAAACAACAAAUUAAUUAAAAUAAAAUCAAGUUCAAUUAAAUCAAAUAAUUAAACAAAUUAAACAACAUCAAUUCAAUCAGCUCAAAAUCAAGUUGGUUGAUUGAUUCAUUGAUUUACAAUAAAAAUUCAAAUAACCCAAUUAAGUUGAUGCUGAAUUCGUAGAAACAACAAAGAAGUAUGGGAGUAGCGGACGAUUUUGCUCCCAGCUUCACGCAGAAGCCCGCACUUCGACAAGAAGACGAUGGAAAUCGUCUUAUAUUUGAAUGCCAAUUGUUGGCAUCUCCAAAACCAGAUAUACAAUGGUUUCGUAGUGAUGAACUUUUAACUGAGGAUCAUAGGACUGUUUUCAAAUUACAAUCAAUCGAUACAAACAAGUACACAGUUGUGUUAGAGCUCGACGAUGUCAUUGAAACGGAUGCUGGCCUUUACAAAGUUAAGGCGAAAAAUAAGAUGGGCGAAGUUGCAGCCUCAAUUAAUUUGAAUUUCAGUCCUAUGGACGAGCCUAGAGAAAAACAAAUUGAUGGUAUUGCACCAACAUUUUCGAAGAAGCCGGCUAUUAGGCAAGAAGAGGACGGAAAGCGUUUGCUGUUCGAAUGUCGCAUACAAGCUGAUCCUAAACCAACAGUAACCUGGUGGCAUAAUGCAAGCCAGGUUAAAGAAUCACCCCGUCAUAAGCUAUUGAUUGAUAAAGAUGGACACUCAUACUUUGCGACACUUGAAAUUAAAAAUGUCACUGUUGAGGAUGCUGGCAAAUAUAAAGUGACCGCGAAGAAUGAGUUGGGAGAAAGCAACGCAACAAUUAGCUUAAAUUUUGACAGCGAUGAAGCUCCAGUUCCUGACGAUGGAAUCAAACCAACAUUCACUGAACGACCAGUUAUUCGACAAUCAGAGGAUGGAAACAAAAUAACAUUUGAAUGCCGAUGUGUUGGCGAUCCAAAACCAGAAAUAACUUGGUAUCACGGUAAAGAAGUAAUUAAUGCUGGAGGUCGUUUUACAAUAUCGUUGGAAGAAGAUCAAAAGUUGUACCAUAUGGCUCGUUUGGAAAUAAGUAGUGUACAAACAUCGGAUAGUGGGGAGUAUAGAGCAGUGGCCAAAAAUAAGCACGGCGAGGGUACGGCUACCAUCAAUUUAAAUUUCGAGGGUGGUGGCAAACCUAAAAUUCCCGACGGAAAACCACCCCGUUUUCCGAAAAAACCGACUAUCACUCAAGAUGGUGAUAUACUUAUUAUGGAAUGUAUACUCGAAGCAAACCCUGUACCAGAAAUCACAUGGUAUCAGGGUAACAAAGUUAUAGAAGAAGGAUCACGUAUUCGAAUGUCACGUAAGGCGACCGGAAAAGACACUUACGUGUUAACGUUAGAAAUAUCGAAUCCAACACGAGAAGAUGGCGGCAACUACCGUUGUAAUGCAUUCAACAGUUAUGGAGAGUCGAAUGCAAAUAUUGCUCUAAACUUCCAAGGUGGUGAUGAUGGCGGAUUAGCGCCCUCAUUUAUCGAAAAACCAAAGAUUAUUUCCGACGAAACUGGUAGUUUGAUUACAAUGAAAUGUAAAUGCAAAGCAAAUCCAAAACCAGUAGUGACUUGGUACAAAGAAAAAACAACUGUUAUUAAAGAAUCUUCACGAUUUAUGAUCAAAUCUGUGGAAAUUGAAAAAGAUAUUUACGAACUAACAUUACAAAUCAAAGAUCCAGCUGGACCUGAUGGCGGCACAUAUCAAUGUCAUGUCAAGAAUGACAACGGUGAAAGUAAUGCCAACUUAAAUUUGAAUAUUGAGGCAGAACCAGAACCAGAAGGAGAUGGACCACAGUUUGUUGAAAAACCAAAGAUCACAUCAAAGGAUAACGGUAAACUAGUUAUUAUGGAAUGCAAAGUGAAAGCUACACCUGAACCAAAGAUCGUUUGGUUUAGAGAAGGCAAAGAAAUUAAAGCUAGUUCUAAAAUUGUAAUGACAGUGAAUAAAACAUCGACUAGCGAAUAUCACAUUAAAUUAGAACUUAAAGAUCCUGAUCCAGAAGAUUCUGGCUUGUAUAAAUGUAACAUCAAGAAUAGUUUGGGUGAACUAAAUGCAAAUCUUACACUUAAUAUUGAAAUUAUACCCGUUAUUAAAGAAAAACCAAAAGUUAUUAAAAUUGUUAAAAAGAAAACAGUUAUUGUUGAAUGUACUGUGCUCAGUAAGUUUGCACCAGAUUGUACUUGGUUCAAAGAAUCAACAGCUAUACGAAAGGACUCACGCCAUCAAGUCCAUAUAGAACAAGUUAAAGAAGGUGAAUUCGCUGUUAAAUUAGAAAUCAAUGAUGUGCAACAAACUGAUAAAGGUGCAUACAAAUUGGUUGCCAAAAACGAGAAAGGUGAAGCUGUGUCACAAGUUGUCCAAGUUACUGAAAUACCUGAGGAUAAGAAAAAAGAAGAAGAAGAAGAAGAGAAAAAGAAAGUAGAGAAAAAGAAAGAAGAAGAGAAAAAGAAAGAAGAGGAGAAAAAGAAAGAAGAGGAGAAAAAGAAAGAAGAAGAGAAAAAGAAAGAAGAGGAGAAGAAGAAAGUAGAAGAAAAGAAACAAGCAGUAAAGAAAGAAGAAGAAAAGAAAGUUGAGGAAAAGAAACAAGCAGUAAAGAAAGACGAGGAAAAGAAAGUUGAAGAAAAGAAAGCAGUAGCAAAGAAAGAGGAGGAAAAGAAAGCAGAAGUAAGGAAAGCAUCUUUGGUUAAUAACACGGAAACAAAAUCAGCUGUAUCGAAAAAAGUCGAAGAACUUAAAACCGAAAGUAGAAGAUCAUCUGUUAUUAAAACAUCUACAUCUGAGAGUGACGAUUCCAGACCAGGUUCAAGGAGGACAUCAAUCAUUGAAAAUACGUCUUCUGCCAAUGAGUCUGCGGCUACCACUGAAUCUACUACCAUUAUCAUUGAAGAGAAAAAGACCGAACCAAAACCUAAACGUCCAAUACCAAAAAAAGAAUUACAAGAGACAUUUAUUGGUGGUUUCCAAUUAAAACCAGUCAAACGUGAACCGAAAGAGAAAAAAGAUGAUAAAGAUGGUGUUGGAUUAAAAAAGGUUGAAACAGAUAAACUAGAAAAGAUUGAAGAUGGUUCAAAAGCACAAUUAAAAGGUUUUGAACGCACUGACAUUCAAUUAUCUGAAGGCAUGAAAGCUGAAUUACAAACGUAUGAACGUAAAGAAUCAAUAAAAGCUGAUAAGAAGGAAGAAACAGUUUCUUCACGGCGCACAUCCAUUAUUGAGAAUAAGAAGGAGGAAAAAGUCGCCAGUCGGAAAACUUCUGUUGCCGGCCAAAAGACGGAGCAAACUUUAUCUGCAAGCCGUAAAACAUCUGUUGUUGCGGAAAAGACAGAAGCAGCGAGCGUUAAAAAAACACUUACUGCCGAAAAGACGGAGGAUAAAUUAUCACCCUCGCGUAAAAGUUCUUUCGCUGUCGAAAAGAAGGAGGAAUCUUCAGCAAGUCGUAAAACUUCUAUUGUUGCAACAGCAGAUCGUAAAGCUUCUCUUGCUGUUGAACAGACGGAGGAACAAUCAGCAAGUCGAAAGAGUUCGAUAGCUGAGAAGAUCAAACAAGACAUUCGAGCUCAAUCACCUGACUCAAUCAGUCGUAAAUCUUCCAUUCAAUCUGAAACUGAAGAGAUCAUUACGAAAACUCGUAAACUGUCUAAACAAGUUGAAGAUGCUGAAUCCGAACCCCAAAAACGUCCAUCCCUUAAGAAAAAAACAGUUCCUUCCAAAGAACCGGAAUUGGAGGUUAAAAAACCUACACUUAAAAAAACUGAAACCAACGAUACAGAUUCUAGACGAUCGUCAAUUAAUAAGAAAGUGGAGAUUGAAGAACCUAAGGAGUCGAUAAAACCACUUAAAAAGGUGGAACCGGAGGUCAAAAAAGAUCAGCCCGAUAAAAAUUCCUUAAUUAAAAAGGUUGAAUCAGACGAAAAGAAAAAUGACACAGAUAGGCCAACAUUUGUUAAAAAGAUCGAAGCAGAUGAGAAAAAGAGUGAGCCUGAAAAAUUAUCAUCACUUAAAAAACCACAAGAAGAAGCAAAAAAAGAGGAGUUGGAGAAACGACCCUCUCUUAAAAAAAUUGAGCCAGAACAAAAGCAACAAGAUGCUGAGAGAAAACCAUCUCUUAAGGAACCUGUCAGUGAACCUAAAAAAGAUGAUACAACAGCAAAAAGACCUUGGCUUAAAAAACCAGAACCAGAACCUAAAAAAGAAGAGAGCGGUUUCCAAAAACCUGGUCUACGCAAAGUCGAACUACCAGAACCUAAAAAAGCCGAACUUAAAACUCCUGAACUUAGAACUCCUGAUACCAAUGACCUUAAACCACCUGAAAUAAACACGAAUGCACUAAAAACUCCAACAAAGAAGAUUGGCUCCAAGAUUGUUGAAAAUAAUUCAAAAACCACUGAACCAACCACUACCACUGAAGAGCAAAAGACCGAACCAAAAUCAAAACGUCCAAUACCAAAAAAAGUUGUCCAAGAAACAUUUAUUGGUGGUUUCCAAUUAAAACCAGUCAAACGUGAUCCUAAAGAGAAGAAAGAUGAUAAAGAUGGUGUUGGAUUAAAAAAGGUUGAAACAGACAAACUAGAAAAGAUUGAAGAUGGUUCAAAAGCACAAUUAAAAACUUUUGAACGCACUGACAUUCAAUUAUCUGAAGGAAUGAAAGCUGAAUUACAAACUUAUGAACGUAAAGAAUCAAUAAAAGCUGAUAAGAAGAAAUUGCCAGAAAUUAAGGCGCCCGUUCCAGAGGCACCAAAGAUUGAAGUGAGUCGAGAAAAAACUCCAGUGGGUGAUUCACGUAAAGGAUCUCUGGCACCUGGAUCUGGAUCAUCAAGCCGUCGUGGUUCGUUGAUACCACCUGAAGAGAGUGGCAGACGACCAAGUUUAAUAAUAAGUGAUGAAAGUAAAGGGCCCCGGCCCGGACAAUUAGCCGAUCUCACAAAGCAGCGACGAAGGCCCAGUACUGAUGUCAGACGACCAAGUGUUGCUGAACUUGAGGAACUUAUUAAUAAACCUUCAACACCGUUACAAGGACGUGGACCUGAAGGACCACCAAGUAUUGUUGAUGUCCAAGAAAGUUAUUCAGCAGUUGAAGAUCAAGUUGGAUAUUUGACAGUACAAGUUGAAGGUAACCCCGCGCCCACAUUUAAAUUCUUUAAGGGUAUGACUGAAAUCAUUGAGGGUGGACGAUUUAAGUUUGUAACUGAUGGUGAAUUAAAUUUAAUCACUCUAUGUAUGAGAAAAAUCAAACCUAACGAUGAAGGAAAAUAUAAAAUCGUUGUUACCAAUUGUCAUGGUGAAGAUUCAGCUGAAAUGCAACUUUACGUUUCUGAUUCUAGUGGUAUGGACUUCCGGGCUAUGUUGAAAAAGAGAAAGUACCAAAAAUGGGGUCAAAAAGAGGAAGACCCAGAUUGGGGUGCAUUAAAGGAAACUGAGAAGCCCAUACCAGCAUUGAAGAAAGUAGAAAAGAAACAAGAAUCAUUCUUAAAACCACUUGUCGAUAAAUUUGCAAAGGAGGGUAAAGAUAAGAAAGUGGUAUUUGAAGCUGGAUUUUCGAAACCAAAUUGUAAACCAAAAUGGCUGUUCAGAAAAGAUGAACUUUUCACUGGAGCUAAAUACAAGUUUAAAAGUGAGAAUGAUUGUUAUCAAUUAAUCAUAAAUAAUCCCAAAGUGGAAGAUACCGGUAAAUAUUCAAUUGAGAUUGGUGGUGUAACAUGUACCGCCUUUUUGACGGUCGAAGAACCAGAUCCAACAUACACAUUCUUGAAACCAUUGCCAAAGAAGGUAUCUGGCUACACUUUACAUGAAACGUACAUGGAAUGUGUGGUCAGUUCAAACAUGGCUAUUGUUUCAUGGUACAAAGAUGAACAAAAAUUAGAGGAGGGUGAUAUAUAUUCAAUGAGUAAGGAUCUUGGUGGUGUAUGUCGACUUACGAUCAAAAAUUCAAAACUAGAAGAUUCUGGUGAAUACUCAUGUCGACUUGAACGACAAACAGACAAAACAACAACAACUGUAAAUAUAAUUGAAUAUCCAUACAAGUUUGUUAAAGUACUCAAAUCCCAACAAUUAGUUGAAAAAGAAACAGUCACAUUAAAUUGUGAAUUAGACGAUGCUAACGGUGAAGUACAAUGGUUUAAGAACAACGAGGAAAUUAAACCAGAUAAGCGUGUACAAAUCGUUAAGGAUGGUCGCAAACGUAAACUUGUUAUUAAAGAUGCUAAAGUCACCGAUGCUGGACAAUAUUCUUGUGUAUCAAAUGCUGAUAAGACUGAAGCAGAGAUUGUUAUCAAUUAUCUUAACAGAUUUAACAAAAAGUUGAAAGAUACGGUUGCCAUUGAACGUGAAAAGUUAGUAUUAGAUGUUGAAUUACAAGAUCAAACAGCACCUUGUGAUUGGACAUUUAAUGGUAAACCAAUCGAAGCCAAUGAUCGCAUUGAGAUCAAGAACCUUGGCGGUGGCAAACAUCAAUUGAUAUUCAAUAAGUUAGAGAUGCAAGAUGACGGUGAAAUUACCUGCACAUCUGGUAAUUUAACAUCAUCCUGCAAACUAACUGUUAAAAAGGGUGAAAGUCAACCAAUCAUUGAUUUUGCUGAUGAAGUUGAAGGUCCAAUUAGUAAACCAUUAAUAUUUGAAGUACCAUUUAAAAUUGAUGGUACUAAACAAAGUAAUAUUGAAGCAAAACUUCUUAAAGAUGGCAAACCAUUACCACUUAAAGAUGUUGAAAUCAUUGUUGGAGAAGACAAAAUCACAUAUAAAAUUAAAAAACCAGCCCGUAACUUAUCUGGGCCUUAUCAAUUACGUAUUGGAAACGCACAAGGUGAAGGUGUUAAAGACAUAAACAUCAACAUGCAAGAUGUGCCACAACCACCCAGAGAUGUUGAUGUCACUGAAAUCUUCCAAACAUCAUGUCUGGUUAAGUGGAAGGUUCCCACAGACGAUGGAGGUGCUCCAUUACUGCGAUAUGUUGUGGAACGACAAGACCUUAGUUUGAAAGCUCAAUGGGAGAACGUUGGUGAAGUUACUCCAGAUCAACCCACAUCAUACAAAGUACAAGAUUUAACACCUAAAAAGGAAUACAAAUUUAGAAUACGUGCUGUCAAUAAGUUAGGUUCUAGUGAACCUGCAUUAUUUGCUAAACCUGUCUUAGCAAAAGAUCCAUGGGAUGAGCCUGGUAAGCCAACUGGCGUUGAACUUGUUGACUGGGACAAAGAUCAUGCUGACUUAAAAUGGGAGAAACCAGCCAAUGAUGGUGGUGCUCCAAUUACUGGAUAUGUUAUUGAAUUCAAAGAGAAAUUUGCCAAAGAUUGGGUUGUUGGAAAAGAAGUUCCAGCUGAUGUUUUGGCAGCCACUUGUGAUGGACUAAAGGAAGGUAAUCAAUAUGAAUUCCGAAUUCGUGCAGUAAACAAAGCUGGACCUGGUGAACCUAGUGACGUUACUAAGCCAAUUAUUGCUAAAUGUCGCUUUGUUAAGCCAUUCAUCAUUGGUGAUGAUCUUAUUAAUAUCAUUGUUAAGAAGGGACAAGUCAUCAAAUACGAUAUUAAAUAUGGCGGUGAACCAGAACCAGAAGUCACCUGGCUUCAAAACGAUACGAAAAUUGUUGAAGAUACGGAACAAAGAAUUACACUCGAUAAAUAUGAACGUAACACUGUUAUUACAAUUCGAAGGACUGUGCGUGCUGAUAGUGGAAAAUAUAAACUAGUUCUCACAAACAGUUCUGGAACUUGUGAACGUGUAGCUGAAGUUGUUGUGCUUGAUAAACCAACAGCUCCAGGUGGUCCAUUGAAAAUCGAAGAAGUUCGUGCUGACCAUGUUAAAGUGAAAUGGGAUAAACCUAAGGAUAACGGUGGCUCCGAUAUUACUGGCUAUGUUCUAGAAAAAUUAGAUUUAGAUACAGGUCGAUGGAUUCCAGCAGGAGAAGUUGGACCUGAUGAAGAUAACUUUACAUUCAAAGGAUUAACACCAAAGAAGAAAUACAAAUUCCGUGUGAAAGCAGUCAAUAAAGAAGGCGAAUCUGAACCACUUGAAACUGAUGAAGCAAUCUUGGCUAAAAAUCCAUAUGAUGAGCCAGGAAAACCAGGUAAACCUGUGAUUGCUGAUUACGACAACCAAAGUGUUACUUUGACAUGGGCAAAACCAGAAAGUGAUGGUGGACGUCCAAUAACACAUUACACCAUUGAAAUGAAAGACAAAUUCACACCUGAUUGGGAAGAAGUUGCUAAAACUGAAAAUGCCGAUUGCGAAUGUAAAGUUCUUGAUUUGAAAGAGAAAAAAGUCUACCAAUUUCGUGUACGUGCACAUAACAAGGCUGGUGCCAGUGAGCCGUCAGAGCCAACUGAUAACCAUCUUUGUAAACACAAGAACUUGAAGCCACGUAUUGUACGAGAAACUUUCAAGAGUAUAACUAUUAAAGCUGGACGAAGUCAUAAAUGGGCUGUUGACAUCAUUGGUGAACCAGCUCCAGAAGUGACAUGGAUCUGGAAAGAUAAUAUCACACUCGCCAACACUGAAAACAUCAAAAUUGAGAAUGUUGAUUAUCACACAGACUUCACAAUUAGCAAUGCCAAGCGACAAGACACUGGUCGAUACACAUUGAUUGUUGAAAACGUCAAUGGUAAAGAUUCAGAAACUGUUGAAUUAACAGUACUUGGUCGUCCUAGUGCACCCAAAGGACCAUUGGAAGUCACUAAGGUCACAGCUCAAGGCUGUAAGUUGAGUUGGAGCAAACCAGAAGAUGAUGGUGGCUCUCCAAUUCGUGAAUAUGAAGUUGAAAAAAUGGACACAGCAACUGGUAAAUGGGUACGCGUUGGCCGUGUACCUGGCGACAAACCAUUGCCAGAAAUAGAUGUAACUGGAUUAAAUCCAGGCUCAGAAUACAAAUUCCGUGUAACAGCCGUUAACGAUGAAGGUGAUUCUGAACCAUUGGAAACAUCACGUGCUAUUAUUGCCAAGAAUCCUUACGAUGAACCAUUGAAACCUGGAACACCAGAAAUUGUUGAUUACGAUAACAAGAGUGUUGAUUUGAAAUGGGCUGCUCCUGAACACGAUGGAGGUGCACCAAUUGAAAAAUAUAUCAUUGAAAAGAAAGAUCGUUACAAGCCCGAAUGGGAAAAAGCUUGUGAAGUUCCCGGCGAUUCUCUUACUGCUAAAGUUGAAGAUUUGAAAGAAAGAGCAGAAUAUCAAUUCCGUGUUAUUGCAGUUAAUAAAGCUGGACCUUCACAACCAUCUGACUCAUCAAAGAUGCAAAUUAUUAAACACAAAGCUUUAAAACCAAGAAUCGAUCGUACAAACUUGAAACCAAUCGUAGUCCGGGCUGGAAAACCAAUCAAAUACGACAUUGAUAUUAAAGGGGAACCUGCUCCAAUUGUCACAUGGUUCCAAGGAGAAAAGGAAAUCACUACUGAAGCAAAUAUUGAGAUCAUUAAUGUUGAGUAUAACACUAAAUUGAACAUUGUGGAUUCAUUGCGUAAAAAUACUGGUGUAUGGAAAAUUGUUGCUGAGAACAAGCACGGAAAGGAUGAAGCUGAUGUGGAAAUUACAGUUCUAUCAUCACCAUCCAAACCUAAAGGACCAUUAAAGGUAUCUGACGUUACCAAAAAUGGAGCGAAACUUAAAUGGGAAAAACCAGAAGAUGAUGGUGGCAAACCAAUUACUGGUUAUGCUGUUGAAAAACUGGAUCUAGCUACUGGUCGUUGGGUACCUGUUGGACGCACCACUGAACCUGAAAUGGAUGUAAAAGGACUUCAAGAAGGUCAUGAAUAUCAAUUCCGUGUAAAAGCGAUCAAUGAUGAAGGUGAAUCUGAGCCUUUAGAAUCAGAUGGAGCAAUUACAGCUAAGAAUCCAUUUGAUGUCGCUUCAAAACCUGGAACACCAGAAAUUGUGGAUUGGGAUGUGGAUCGUGUCAAUUUGAAAUGGGAGAAACCACAAUCAAAUGGUGGUGCUCCAAUAACUGGAUACAUCAUUGAAAAGAAAGAGAAGUUCCAGUCAACUUGGAGUGAAAUACUUACCACUGAUACGCCUGCUUGCGAGGCAGUUGUUCCUGGUCUUAAAGAAGGUAGCACAUAUCAAUUCCGGGUAAGAGCUGUCAAUAAAGCUGGUGAAUCGGAACCAUCUGAUGCUACAAAUCCACAUAUUGCUAAAGCACGAUACUUAAAACCAACGAUUAACAGAGAAAAACUACAAACUAUUAAAGUUAGAGCAGGACAAAAUGUUAAAUUCGAUGUGGAUGUUAAAGGUGAACCAGCACCGACAACUACAUGGAGUUUUGCUGGAAAAGUUCUAGAAACAAGUGCAAAUGUUAAAAUUGAAAAUGAGGAAUACAACACACGCAUGAUUUUAUCAAAUACUGAACGAUCAUUUACUGGCACAUACACGCUCAAAGCUGAAAACUCAUCUGGAGUGGAUGAAGCUACAGUCGAAGUGAUCAUCUUAGACAAACCUGGCAAACCUGAAGGCCCAUUGGAAGCUGUGGAUGUCCAUAAAGAAGGUUGUAAACUAAAAUGGAAGAAACCAAAAGAUGAUGGUGGCUUACCAAUAACAAGUUACGUUGUUGAAAAACAAGACGUAACCACGGGUAAAUGGGUACCUGCUGGCUUUGUUGAUGCCGAAAAAACUGAACAAGAAAUUACAGGUUUAGAACCUGGUCAUAAAUACAACUUCAGAGUAAAAGCUGUGAACGAAGAAGGUGAAUCUGAACCAUUAGAGACAGAUACUUCAAUAUUAGCCAAGAAUCCAUACGACCCACCAGCACCACCUGGUUUACCAGAUAUCAUUGAUUGGAAUGAAAAUAUGGUUAAGUUGAAAUGGGACCCACCAAUUCGAGAUGGUGGGGCACCAAUCACAGGCUAUAUUCUGGAAGUCAUGGACAAAUUUACAGGCAACUUUGUGAAGGCUGCUGAAGUUGAAGGGAACAUUUGUACUGGUGUCGUACCAAAACUUGAAGAAGGUAAUCAAUAUCAAUUUAGAGUACGUGCUGUGAAUAAAGCUGGCCCAUCAGAGCCUUCAGAACAAACUAAAUGGCACACGGCCAAAGCACGCUAUUUGAAACCGUAUAUUGAUCGUACAAAUGUACAAGACAUGUCAAUUAAAGCUGGAUUAUCGAUUUCUUUGGAUAUAAAUAUUAUUGGUGAACCAGCACCAACUGUAACAUGGCUAUACAAGGGCAAAGAAAUUGUAUCGGAUGAUCAAUGUCGUAUCGACAAUAUUGAUUACAAUACAAAAUUAUUUGUCUUGCGUGCGAAACGUGCACAGAGUGGCAAAUAUACAAUUAUUGCUAAAAAUGAGGUUGGUGAAGAUACUGCAGAAAUGGAUAUCACUGUCCUUGGUAAACCUUCGAAACCAAAGGGUCCAUUGGAAGUAUCAGAUAUUAAAAAGAAUGGAUGCCAUCUUAAAUGGCAAAAACCAGAAGAUGAUGGAGGUGCUCCAAUUGAAUAUUAUGAAAUUGAAAAGUUGGAUCCACAUACUGGACAAUGGUUACCAUGCGGACGUAGUUCCGAACCAGAGGCUAACAUCUCUGGAUUACAAGAAGGUAAAUCAUACAAGUUCCGUGUUAAAGCUGUAAAUAAAGAAGGUGAAUCUGAAGAACUAGAAACAGAAAAACCAAUAAUUGCCAAAAAUCCAUUUGACGAGCCUGGUAAACCAGGUCGUCCAGAACUACGCAACUGGGAUAAAGAUUUUGUGGAUUUGGAAUGGACAAAACCAUCUAGUGAUGGAGGUGCUCCAAUUGAAAAAUAUAUUGUACAAAUGCGUGACAAGUCUGGUCGUCAAUGGGUUGAUACGACAACUGUACCUGGUGAUAGAACCGUUGCCAAAGUAACAGAUGUGACACCUGGACAUGAGUAUGAGUUCAGAAUUGUGGCUGUAAAUAAGGCUGGACCUAGUGAGCCUAGUGAUGUUUCAAAAUCUGUAAUUGCCAAGCCAAGAUUUUUGGCUCCCAAAAUUGAUCGAAAGAAUUUGAAGAAGACAGUUCUUCGAACUGGUCAAAUGUGGCGUAUUGAAGCAGAUGUUGAAGGUGAACCAGCUCCAACAAUAACAUGGUCUAUCAAGGAUCGUGUACUCAAAACGCAUGACAGACUCAAAAUUGAUAAUGAAGAGCACAAAACAACAUUUAUAUUACAAAAGGUGAAACGAAGCGAUACGGCUACAUACACUGUGACAGCGAAAAACGACUCAGGAACGGACACAGUUGAUGUUGAAUUGAAUGUUUUGAGUAAACCAUCCAAACCUAAAGGUCCAUUAAAGGUGUCUGAUGUGACAGCGGAAGGAUGUAAAUUGAAAUGGGAGCCUCCAGAAGAAGAUGGUGGUGAACCAGUCACUGGAUACGUUGUUGAACGUAUGGACACAGAAACUGGACGUUGGGUACCGGUUUGCACAACAAAAACACCUGAAGCAGAUGUCACCGGAUUGAAUGAAGGUAAAGAUUAUCAAUUCCGUGUGAAAGCUGUCAAUAAUGAAGGUGAAUCUGAACCACUUGAGACUGAAAUACCAACAACUGCUAAGAAUCCUUAUGAUGCUCCUGAUGCACCAGAAAAUGUGCAACUUAAAGACUGGGAUCGAAGCCAUGUUGAUCUAAAAUGGGACAAACCAAAGAAUGAUGGUGGUGCUCCAAUAACAGCAUAUAUUAUUGAAAAGAAAGAUCAGUAUGGAUCAAAGUGGCAAAAGGCUGUUGAAGUACCUGGCAAUAAAUGUGAAGCCAAAAUUGCUGAUUUAAUUGAAGGUCAAAAAUAUCAAUUCCGUGUUCGUGCUGUGAAUAUUGGUGGACAAAGCAAACCAUCUCAACCAACAGACAUGUUGUUGUUGAAGGAUCGUUAUGCGGCACCUAAAAUUGAUCGUAGCACCUUAAAAGAUCUAACAUUAAAAGCAGGCCAACAUAUAAGGCUUGAUGUGAAAGUAAGUGGUGAACCACCACCAACUAAAACAUGGUUCUUAAAUAAAGCUCGAAUUGAAACUGGCAAUGAAUACACAGUUGAAGUCGAAGACUAUCGAACUAAAUUCAUUGUUAGUGGCGCAACACGAGCUCAAAGUGGAACAUUAACUAUUAAAGCUGAAAACGGUUCUGGUAAAGAUGAAGUUAGUAUUCAAAUAUUGAUAUUGGACAAACCUGCCAAACCUGAAGGCCCAUUGAAGAUUAGUGAUGUGCAUAAAGAAGGCUGUAGUCUUCGUUGGAAAGAGCCCCUGGAUGAUGGUGGUUCUCCAAUUGAUCAUUAUUUAGUUGAAAAAAUGGAUACUGAAACUGGACGUUGGGUCACUGCUGGUAAAAGUAAAGAGCCCAAAUUAGAUGUUGAAAAUUUGGUACCUGGCCAGGAAUAUAAAUUCCGUGUUUCUGCUGUCAAUGCAGAAGGUGAAUCAGAACCUCUUGAAGCAGAACAAUCAAUUGUUGCGAAGAAUCCAUUCGAUGAACCUGGCGCACCUGGUACUCCUGAAGCAACUGAUUGGGAUAAAGAUCAUGUUGACCUCAGAUGGACUCCACCUAUUAAGGAUGGUGGAUCUCCAAUCACUGGUUACAUUAUUGAAAAGAAAGAAGACGGUUCGGAUAAGUGGGUAAAAGCUGGUGAAGCGGGUCCCGACUGCAAAGGUACAGCUGGAAAUCUGGAUGAGGGUCAGAAGUAUCAAUUCAGAGUUCGUGCUGUAAAUGCAGCUGGUCCUGGUGAACCUAGUGAAGCCAGUAAAGGAAUUAUUGCUAAGCCAAAGAAAUUGGCACCAAAGAUUGAUCGACGUAACUUACGUAAUAUAACGGUUCAUGAAGGUGAACCAAUAUUACUUGAUGUUAAAGUUAGUGGUGAACCAGCUCCAACUGUUACUUGGAAUCAAGAUAACAAAUCGAUAUUGGAAACACGAGACAAGCGUAUUGAAAAUGUUCCAUACAAUACCAAAUUUAUCAAUAAUAAACCAGAGCGUAAAGAUACUGGUAUUUAUAAGAUAACUGCACAAAAUCAAUAUGGUACUGAUACGGCGGAAGUUGAAAUAACUGUUGUUUCUAAACCAACUCCACCAGAAGGUCCAUUAGAAGUAUCAGACAUCCACAAAGAAGGCUGUACCUUAAAAUGGAAGAAACCAAAAGAUGAUGGUGGUGAACCCAUUGAAGCAUAUGUUGUUGAGAAAUUCGAUCCAGCUACUGGUGCAUGGAUACCAGUUGGUAAAACAUCUGGACCAGCUACCAAAAUGGAAGUGAAUGAUUUAAUCCCAGGUCACGAAUAUAAGUUCCGUGUGAAAGCUGUCAACAAAGAAGGUGAAUCAGAACCAUUGGAAACAUUUGGCUCAAUUAUUGCAAAGGAUGCAUUCACUGUACCUGCAACACCUGGUACACCAGAACCAUCCGAUUGGUCAGCCAGUCAUUGUGAAUUAGUUUGGAAAGAACCAGUUUCCGAUGGUGGCUCACCAAUUACAGGCUACAUUAUUGAAAAGAAGGAUAAAUAUAGUCCAUUGUGGGAAAAAGCAAUUGAAUUGACAACUCCAACACCAACUGGAGCCGUUCAUGGUUUGAUUGAAGGAAAUGAAUAUCAAUUCCGUGUUAUUGCUGUGAACAAAGCUGGACAAUCAGAGCCAUCUGAAGCCAGCAAAGUAUUUGUUGCUAAACCACGUUUCUUGGCUCCACGUAUCGAUAGACGAAACCUUCAUGAUAUUACAUUAUCUGCUGGUGCAACACUCAAGUAUGAUGCGAAUGUUAUUGGUGAACCAGCUCCUACCAUUGAGUGGUUUGUUGGAGGCAUGUCAUUAAGGCCAUCUAAAGCUGUACAAAUCAACAAUUCUGAACACAAUACUAAAUUAACUGUACGUCCAGUUACACGUAACGAUAGUGGAGAAUACACAAUAACAGCGACAAAUUCAUCUGGAAAGGAUACAGUCACUGUUAAUGUAACAGUUACUGAUAAACCUGAUAAACCUCAAGGACCAUUACAAGUCUCAGAUGUACAUAAAAACGGUUGUAAACUUAAAUGGAAACGACCACUCGAUGAUGGUGGUACUCCAAUCGAAUAUUAUCAAAUCGAUAAAAUGGACCCAGAAACCGGUUGCUGGGUUCCAUGUGCUAGGUCAACAGAACCAAGUGCAGAAAUUACAGGUUUAACACCAGGCAAAGCUUAUAAAUUCCGAGUAGCUGCAGUAAAUGCUGAAGGGGAAUCUGAACCACUUGUGGCUGAUAAAGAAAUUAUUGCCAAAAAUCCAUUUGAUGAACCUGGUAAACCUGGUGAUUUGAAGGCAACUGAUUGGGAUAAAGACCAUGUUGAUCUUGAAUGGAAACCACCAACAGAUGAUGGUGGUGCUCCAAUUACUGGAUACAUUGUUGAAAAGAAGGACAAGUAUGGUCAAUGGGAAAAAGCUUUAGAGGUACCAGCUAGUCAAACUAAAGCAACUGUACCAGAUUUGAUUGAAGGACAACCAUACGAAUUCAGAGUACGUGCGGUCAAUAAGGCUGGACCUGGUGAACCUAGUAAUGAAACACCAACGAUUAUUGCUAAGCCACGUAACUUGGCACCCAAAAUUGAUCGUACUAAUCUUAUUGAAAUUAAAAUUAAAGCCGGACAAAAUAUCUCUUAUGAUAUUAAUGUUAGUGGUGAACCAGUGCCAAUCACUAAAUGGUUAUUCAAAACUAAAGAACUUAAAUCGGUUGAUCGUACCAAAAUUAUAAAUACCGAUUACAACACUAAAUUGAAUAUUCGAAUGGCCACUCGUGCUGAAUCCGGUAAAUACACGAUAACUGCUGAAAAUAUUAAUGGAAAAGACACCGCAGAUGUUCAAGUGACUGUACUUGAUAAGCCAAGUCCACCAAGUGGUCCACUUAAAGUAUCUGAUGUACAUGCCAAUGGAGCCACAUUAAGUUGGAAACCACCAGCUGAUGAUGGCGGUAAUCCAGUUGAUAAAUAUAUUGUUGAACGUAUGGACGAAGCAACUGGUCGAUGGGUGAAAGCAGGUGAAACGGAUGGACCACAAACUGAACUUCCAAUCGACGGCUUAACGCCAGGACAUAAAUACAAAUUCAGAGUUCGUGCUCAAAAUAAACAAGGAAUAUCUGAACCUUUGACAACAACUCAAGCUAUUGAAGCUAAGAAUCCGUUUGAUGAACCUAGUGAGCCAGGUACACCCGAGAUCACUGAUUACGAUGCAGAUUUCGUUGAACUUAAAUGGACGCCACCUGAACAAGAUGGUGGAUCACCAAUCACUGGAUACGUUAUUGAAAAACGAGACAAACUUAAUCCAAAUUGGGAAAAAUGUGCGGAAACUGAAGGUGAUGGUACUCGUGGUAAAGUUCCUGAUCUUAUUAAAGGUAACACAUACGAGUUCCGUGUACGUGCUGUAAAUAAAGCUGGACCUGGUAAACCAAGUGAAGCAACAAAACCACAUUUGGCACGUUCUAAGAACUUAGCACCACAAAUUGAUAGAAAUAAACUAAUUGACAUUAAAGUUCGUGCUGGCCAAACAUUUGAAUUCAAUGUACCAGUUAUUGGUGAACCACCACCAACAAAGACAUGGUCAUUGAAAGACGACGAUGUUCUUGCUAACGAACGAGUCAAGAUUGUUGAUGAGCCAUACAACACUCGACUACGCGUCAUAAAUGCUCUACGUUCCGAUUCUGGAAAAUAUACAUUAACUGCUAAAAAUAUCAAUGGUAAAGAUGUUGCAACAGUUAAUGUUACUGUAUUAGAUGUACCGUCGCCACCAGAAGGUCCACUUAAACCUGAGAACGUUACCAAGAGCUCUUUAACUCUGUACUGGCGUCCACCUAGAGAUGAUGGUGGUUCUGAAAUCACACAUUACACGAUUGAGAAAAUGGACACAGAAAACUUACGAUGGGUACCAGUCGGUGAAAGUGCUUCAACAAAUAUUCGAGUCGAUCAUUUAAUUGAAGGUCAUGAUUAUAACUUCCGAGUACGUGCAGUCAACAGACAAGGUGAAUCAGCUCCAUUAGCGUCAAUAUCACCAGUAACUGCUAAAGAUCCAUUUGGUAAACCUGAUAAACCAGGAACACCAACAGUUACUGAUUGGGAUAAAGAUCACGUCGAUCUAGCAUGGACUCCACCAAAGAAGGAUGGUGGAUCUCCAAUAACAGGAUAUAUUAUUGAAAAACGGCCAAAACAUGGCACGUGGGAAAAGGCUUUAGAAGUGCCAGCGGGUAAAACUGCAGCAACUGUACCCGACUUACAAGAAGGACAAGAAUAUGAAUUCAGAGUGAUACCAGUGAAUAAAGGCGGAUUAGGUGAACCUAGUGAUCCUACUGAGCCAAUUAUAUGUAAACCAAGAUUCUGCGCACCCACAUUUGAUAAGUCAAUAUUACAUGACAUCACAGUACGUGUUGGUAACAGAAUUAAUUAUACUAUACCCGUAGAAGCAUCGCCUAAACCAGAGAUCAUUUGGGAAGUCAAUGGAAAGAAAUUGGAACCAAGUUCACGUGUUAAUUUGGAAUAUUUCCAAAAUCAAGUGAUUUUAGAUAUACCAUUUUCAGUUCGCGCUGAUACGGGUCGUUAUACAUUGACCUUGAAAAAUAACUUAGGUGUAUGCUCGGCUUCUGCAAAUGUAACUGUAUUGGAUCGUCCAUCAAAACCACAACCCCCAUUGGAUAUUGGAAGUAUUACCAAGGACAGUUGUAUGCUAGCUUGGCGACUUCCAUUAGACGAUGGUGGCUCUCCCAUUUUACAUUAUGUGAUCGAAAAAAUGGACUUAUCUCGCGGUACUUGGUCUGAUGCUGGAAUGAGCGCAUCAACUUCGUAUCAAGUAACCCGCUUGAUUCAUCGUAAAGAAUAUUUAUUCCGUGUAAGAGCUGUGAACGCAAUUGGUGAAUCUGACCCAUUGGAAGCACCCAAGAGUAUUAUUGCUAAGAAUGAGUUCGAUGAGCCCGAUGCACCUGGUAAGCCAGCUGUUACUGAUUGGGACAAAGAUCACGUUGACUUGGAAUGGAAACCACCAGCGCACGAUGGUGGCGCUCCAAUCACUGGAUAUAUAAUUCAAAAGAAAGAGAAAGGCAGUCCAUAUUGGGUGAAUGCUGUACAUGUGCCAGCCAAGAAAACAACAGCGACAGUACCUGAUUUAACAGAAGGUCAAGAUUAUGAAUUCCGUGUGAUUGCAACAAAUUCAGCUGGACAAAGUGAACCAUCACAACCAUCUGAUGUUGUUACAGCUAAAGCUAGAUAUCUUGCGCCCAAAAUUAAAUCACCACUUAAUGAUAUUCAAAUUAAAGCUGGUCUUAUCUUCCAUGUGGACAUUAACUUUAUUGGUGAACCAGCACCAGAAGUUAUUUGGACCGUUAAUAGUCAACCAUUAUCGACAGAUGCUCGAACUACAGUCACAUCCAUUGGCUAUCAUACAAUUGUACAUACAGUGAACGCAAAACGUUCCGAUAGUGGAACAUAUCACAUAUUGCUACGAAAUAGUUCUGGUAUCGAUGAAGGUUCGUUUAAGGUGACUGUGCUUGACCGACCGGGACCUCCAGAUGGACCUUUGACAUAUGAAGAAAUUACUGCACAAAGUGUUACACUUUCAUGGAAACCACCCAAAGAUAACGGUGGUAGUGAAAUCACUGGCUAUGUUAUUGAAAAACGGGAUUUGUCACAUGGAGGUGGUUGGGUUCCAGCUGUCGCAUAUGUUAAUCCAAAAUAUAACCAUGCCGUUGUACCCAGAUUGUUGGAAGGAACCAAAUAUGAAUUCCGAGUUAUGGCCGAGAAUUUACAAGGAAGAUCAGAUCCAUUGAACACUGACAAACCAGUUGUUGCUAAGAAUCAAUAUGAUGUUCCUGGCAAGCCUGGUAAACCUGAGUUAGUUGACAGUGACAAAGAUCAUAUUAAGAUUAGAUGGUCGCCACCAAUCAGUAAUGGUGGAUCACCAAUUAUUGGCUAUGAUAUUGAACGACGUGAUAAAGCUACAGGUCGAUGGAUCAAAAUUAAUAAAGAUCCGGUCCGUAACAACGAGUACACAGAUGAACGAGUUCAAGAUGGACAUCAAUAUGAAUAUCGUGUGUCUGCUGUGAAUGCAGCAGGUGCCGGUAGUCCAAGUGAUACCUCGAACACGUUCACCGCUAAACCAAUGAAGGAAAAACCAAAGUUAUGGUUGGAUGGACUUGUUGGGCGUACAAUUAAAGUACGCGCUGGAGAACCUAUUAAUAUUAACAUUCCACUAAGUGGAGCUCCAAUUCCAACAAUUGAAUGGCAAAAGGAUGGUCAUAAAUUGGUUCCAACAAAUCGUGUAUCAAGUGACACAACAUCAGACCACACUAAACUAUUAGUAGAUGCUUCAACUCGUAACGAUUCUGGCAAAUAUACAAUCACCGCUAAGAAUGCAUAUGGUACUGAUUCAGCCGAUUUGAAUGUAAUUGUUGUUGAUAAACCAGGAAUACCAAAAGGUCCAUUAUCCUAUUCAUCAAUUAACCAAGAUAGCAUAUCAUUAUCAUGGAAUCCACCAACAGACGAUGGCGGUGGUGAAAUCAUGGGUUAUAUUGUUGAAAUGUUGGAACCUGGAACAGAUAACUGGCGACAAUUACCUGGUUUCUGUCCAAAACCAUCAUUCACAGCAAAGAAUUUAACCGAAGGCAAAAAGUAUCAAUUCCGAGUGCGGGCUGAAAAUAUUUAUGGUGUUUCAGAACCGCUAGAAGGUAAACCAGUUAUUGCUAAGAGUCCAUUUGAUCCUCCGGGUGCACCAGCUACCCCAGAAAUAAUGUCAUACAGUCCAUCUAGUUGUAACAUUUGUUGGAAGCCACCUACUCAAACUGGCGGCAAACCAGUCACUGGAUAUUAUGUUGAGAAACGUGAACGUGGCGGUGAAUGGUUGAAGGUCAAUAAUUAUCCAACACCAAAUACCCAAUAUUGUAUUCAAGAUUUACAUGAAGGUUCACGCUACGAAUUCCGAGUAAUUGCUGUUAAUGAGGCUGGACCUGGUGCUCCUAGUAAACCAACAGAACCAAUUACUGCUGAAACUCAAAGAUUACGUCCAGAUGCUCCAGAACCACCACGUCCAGAUCGUGUAACGAAAGAUAGUGUAUCCUUGUCAUGGAGACCACCACGAAGUGAUGGCGGUGCCAAACUCAAAGGUUACAUUAUUCAGAAGAAGGCCAAGAAUGAUAAAGAUUGGUCAGAUGUGAACAGCACACCAAUACCCACCACACAACAUGUUGUACCAAAUCUAAAGACUGGCGAAGAAUACCAAUUCCGUGUGAUUGCAGUGAACGAUGUUGGUCCUUCAGAACCAAGUCGUUCCAGUGGCAACGUACUAAUUGAAGAGAAACCAAACAAGCCGCAUAUGGAUUUGAGUGGAGUACGCGAUAUUACAGUGCGUGCUGGUGAAGACUUCAGUAUCCAUGUACCAUACGUUGGCUUCCCUAAACCAAGUGCUAGUUGGUUUGCAAACGAUCUCAUCUUAGAAAACGAUUCACGUAUCUUCCAACAAUUGACUGAUGACUCAGCUAGCAUUGUUGUGAAAAACUCAAAACGUAGUGAUACUGGUCAAUAUCGUUUGCAAUUGAAAAAUCCAUCCGGUUUCGAUACUGCUACAUUGAAUGUACGUGUACUUGACAAACCUGGCAAACCUGAGAACUUACGUGCCGAUGAAUUCGCUGGUGAUGCUUUGACAUUAUACUGGUCGCCACCCAAAGACAAUGGUGGCUCUGAUGUAACCAAUUACAUUAUUGAACGACGCGAAGCUCGCACACAAACUUGGACCAAAGUUAGUAGCUACGUAACGAAUUCAUUUAUACGUGUACGUAACUUAUCAAUUGGUAAAGAUUAUGAAUUCAGAGUGAUGGCUGAAAACAAAUAUGGUGUGGGUGAACCAGCAACCACUUCUGAGCCAAUUCGUGCUAGACAUCCAUUUGAUCCACCAGGCGCACCUGGAGCACCACGUGGAAUUGAUUCCUCUGAAGAUAGUAUUACAAUUACAUGGCAAAAACCACGUCACGAUGGUGGUUCGCCAAUUACUGGUUAUGUAAUCGAAAAACGAUUAAUUUCAGAGGAUAAAUGGACAAAAGCAAGUCACGCACAUAUCCCGGACCUCACAUUCAAGGUACCUGCAUUAAUUGAGAACCAUGAAUACGAAUUCCGGGUAGCUGCUGUAAAUGCAGCUGGCCAAGGACCAUUCAGUUCAUCAUCAGAUACAAUAAUAUGUCGUGCACCACCAUGUGCUCCUCAAAUCACGUCUGACUUAAGUAUUCGAGACAUGACUGUAAUUGCUGGCGAAGAGUUCACAAUAACAGUACCCUUCCAUGCAAUACCACGUCCAAAAGCAACAUGGACCGUUAAUGGCGACGAAGUAUUCAAUGAUAAUCGUAUUAAAAUGGAAACAACAGAUAUCACUUCCAAAUUCUAUAACAAGUCCGCUAAGCGAUCUGAUCUUGGAACAUACACCAUAUAUUUACACAACAGUGUUGGAUCCGAUCAAGCAUCGUGCAGAGUCACUGUGGUGGACAGACCAUCUGCACCAGUUGGUCCAUUGGACAUCAGUGAUAUUACACCAGAUACAUGUUCGUUGUCAUGGAAACCACCUCAAGAUGAUGGCGGUUCUCCAAUAACCAACUAUGUUGUUGAAAAAUACGAUUCUACCGGGAUUUGGAGUAAAGUUAGCAGUUUUGUACGAAACUGUCAUUAUGAUGUUAUGGGUCUUGAACCCAAUAAAACAUACAACUUUAGAGUACGUGCUGAAAAUCAAUAUGGUGUGAGUGAACCAUUAGAAGCUUUGGAGCCAAUCACAGCCAAAUUUCCAUUCACAGUACCAGAUCCACCAGGUCCACCACGAGUAUCUGAUUGGGAUUCAACAAUCACAACACUUAUAUGGGAUCGACCAAGAAGUGAUGGUGGAUCUCGUAUUCAAGGAUAUAAGUUGGAAAUACGUGAUGUUGUUGAAGAUGUUAAUUGGCGAACAGCUAAUGAUUACUUGAUCAAAGACAAUACUUAUCAAGUAUACAACUUAGUGAAUGGACAUGAAUACGAGUUUAGAGUACGAGCUAAGAAUGCAGCUGGAUUCAGUAAACCAUCAUCAAGCUCAUCUAAAUUCAAGCCAAAGGGCAAAUUUAAUGUGCCAUCACCACCAAGCUCACCAAAAGUUGUUAAAAUUGGAAAGAACUACGUGGAUCUUACAUGGGAACCAUCAGCAAACGAUGGUGGCUCUAGAAUUACAGGCUACAUCAUUGAAAAACGUGAAAUGGGAGGUGCUAUGUGGGUCAAAUGUAAUGAUUAUAAUGUAUUAGAUACCAAUUUCACAGCACUUAACUUAGCUGAAAACGGUGACUAUGAAUUCCGUAUAUUUGCGGUUAACGCUGCGGGACGUAGUGAGCCAAGUUCUUGCACAACACCAGUUAAAAUAUGCGAAGUACUUGGAGGUACGAAACCAGAAUGGAUACGACCACUCACAAAUCAAAUUUGUCCAUUCGGUAAAUCAUUCUCGUUCGAAUGCGAAGCGACUGGUAAGCCAGAACCUUCAGCACGUUGGCUUAAAAAUGGUCGAGAAAUACUUGUGGGCUCAGGACGAUAUCGUGCUGAACAACGAGCAGGAACAUUCUGGUUGCAUAUUAGUGAACUUCGGGAAUCAGAUGAAGGAAGUUAUACAUGUGAAGCAUUCAAUUCAUUGGGCAACGUACAUAGCACUGCUCGUUUGAAGAUUGGAACUCCACCUAGAAUUGAUAGAAUACCUGGUGAUUUGAACUUACCAGAAGGUGACAACACCAAAAUCAAAAUAUUCUAUUCUGGUGAUCAACCUAUGGAAGUUAGUCUUACAAAAGAUGGACAUAAGAUUUCCGAAUCACAACAUAUUAAAUACACGAUAUUUGAUGAAUAUUUAAUAAUAUUCAUCAAAGAAUUGACCAAAGAAGAUGCUGGAACUUACAAUUUAACAGUGAAAAACGAUUCUGGAAGUGCAAGUGGUAACUUUACAAUAAACAUUACUGGAUUACCAGGAAAACCAACUGGACCAUUAGAGACAUCAGACAUCACUAAACACAGUUGUGUACUGAGAUGGAAACCACCUGCAUAUGAUGGUGGAUCACGUGUCACUCACUAUGUGGUCGAACGUAAAGACACAAGCUUAACUCACUGGAUAACCAUAUUGAGUCAAAACAGAGAAUUGACAUGCGUUAUUCAAGGACUGACAGAAGGACAAGAGUACUUAUUCAGAGUAUCUGCUGUCAACGAUAAUGGAAUGGGACCACCACUUGAAGGUGCUAAUCCCAUCAAAGCAAAAGCACCAUUCGAUCCUCCAUCAGCACCUGGAGUACCAAAAGUUACAGAAGUCGGUGGUGAUUUCGUUAAUUUACAAUGGGACAAACCAGAAUCAGAUGGUGGUUCACGAAUUCAAGGAUAUUGGAUCGACAAACGUGAAGUCGGUACAGAAGCAUGGCAACGAGUCAAUAAUAUUUCUUUAUGUAUUGCACCUCAAAUAAACGCCUCAAAUCUUAUUGAAGGCCGUCAAUAUGAAUUUAGAGUAGUUGCCCAAAAUGCUGCAGGACUUUCACCAGCAUCAACAGCGUCCACAUCUGUGAAGAUUGUUGAUCCAUUGACAGCUAAACCACCAGAAAUAGUGAAACCAUUAAAGGAUGCAAAUUGUAUUCAAAAUCACAAUGCACAAUUCCAAUGUACGAUUACUGGCAUUCCAAAACCAACAAUCACUUGGUACAAAGGAGCUAGAGAAAUUACAAGCGGUUCCCGGUAUCGUAUUUAUGCGGAAGGAGAUGUUUAUAAUCUCAUUAUUAACGAUGUCUAUGGUGAAGACGCUGAUGAGUAUGUUUGUAGGGCUGUGAACAAAGGUGGAAUUAAAUCAACUCGAGCUGAACUACAUAUUAUGACCGCACCUAAAUUAAAUGUACCACCAAGAUUUAGAGACACAGCCUUCUUCGACAAAGGUGUGAAUGUUGUAAUUAAAAUACCAUUCACUGGUCAUCCAAAACCAAAGAUGACUUGGGUACGUGAAGGUGAAACGAUUGAAUCCGGAGGUCAUUACCAUGUAGAAGUGAAAGAACGACACGCCAUCCUAACUAUACGUGAUGGUAGCAAAUUAGACAGUGGACCAUAUCGAUUGACAGCCGAAAAUAAUCUUGGUCAAGAUUCAGCAAUUAUUAAAAUUCAAAUCAGCGAUCGUCCAGAUCCUCCACGAUUCCCAGCUGUUGAUAACAUUGGCACAGAUUCGUUAGCACUCAGCUGGAAAUCACCAUUGUGGGAUGGUGGCAGCAACAUUACGAAUUAUGUUGUUGAAAAACGUGAACAUCCAAUGUCCAGUUGGAUUCGUGUUGGUAAUACUAGAUUCACAACAAUGGCAGUGUCUGGUUUAGCCCCAGGUCACCAAUACGAGUUUAGAAUAUAUGCUGAGAAUGUAUAUGGACGCUCAGAUUCUUCUGAGACAACUACAUUAAUUUCAACCAAAGAUACUGGCAAGAAAAUCGAACGCAAGAAACGACAAUACGAAGUUGAUGAAAAUGGUAAAAAGAUCCGCGGAAAAGCUGAUGGACCAAUCCAUGACUACGAUCAAUAUGUAUUUGACAUAUAUUCCAAAUACGUGCCUCAACCAGUCGAAAUCUCAAAUAGAAGUGUGUACGAUGAUUAUGACAUACUUGAAGAAAUUGGAACUGGAGCAUUUGGGGUCGUUCAUCGAUGUCGUGAACGCAAAACUGGCAACAUAUUUGCUGCUAAAUUCAUUCCAGUAUCACAUGCAAUGGAAAAAGAAUUAAUUCGAAAAGAAAUUGAUAUAAUGAAUCAAUUACAUCAUCAAAAACUCAUCAAUUUACAUGACGCAUUCGAAGAUGAUGACGAAAUGGUCCUUAUCUUUGAGUUCUUAUCAGGUGGUGAACUUUUUGAACGUAUCACUGCUGAAGGCUACACAAUGUCAGAAGCUGAAGUCAUUAAUUACAUGAGACAAAUAUGUGAAGGAAUCAAACACAUGCAUGAGAAAAAUAUUAUACAUUUAGAUAUCAAACCUGAAAAUAUUAUGUGCCAAACACGCAACAACACCAACAUUAAGUUAAUUGAUUUUGGAUUAGCAACUAAAUUGGAUCCAAACGAAGUUGUUAAAAUUUCAACUGGCACAGCUGAAUUUGCAGCACCAGAAAUUGUUGAACGCGAACCAGUUGGUUUUUACACAGAUAUGUGGGCGUUGGGUGUUCUUGCAUUUGUUUUGCUGAGCGGUUUAUCACCAUUUGCUGGCGAUAAUGAUAUUGAAACACUCAAAAAUGUCAAAGCCUGUGAUUGGGACUUCGAUACUGAAGCAUUUGCAAAUGUAUCAGCUGAAGCAAAGGACUUCAUUCGUAGAUUACUUGUCAAGAACAAAGAAAAACGUAUGACAGCACAUGAAUGUUUGCUACAUGCAUGGCUCACUGGAGACCACAAAGAUAAGACGAAACCAAUAGCCGCAUCACGAUACACCAACUUCCGCGAUAAGAUUCGUGCUAAAUAUGAUCAUUGGGAGAAUUAUGUGUUGCCUAUUGGUCGCUUAUCUGAAUACUCAUCACUUAGGAAACUACUUAUCGAGAAAUAUAAAAUGCACGAAACAUCAUUUGAUCGUAGACAAGCGGCACCUCGUUUUGUCAUUAAACCUCAAAGUGCAUUUGCAUAUGAAGGUCAAAGUGUUAAAUUGUACUGUCGCGUGAUUGCACUGGCCACGCCUACAGUCACUUGGAUCCACAAUAACCAAGAAUUACGGCAAAGUGUUAAAUUUAUGAAACGUUACGCGGGUGACGAUUAUUACUUUAUUAUAAAUCGAGUCAAAUUAGAAGAUAGAGGCGAAUACAUCAUUCGAGCCGAGAACCAUUAUGGAUUCCGUGAAGAAGUUGUAUUCUUAAAUGUACAACCAUUGCCGAAGGUCGUACAAGAAUACAAACCAGAGAAAGAACAAAUACGUCGACGGGAACCAUUGCCAUAUACAUUCUGGCAAGAGGAACAAGAAUCAGCUCCUAGUUUCACAUUCCUGUUGCGUCCUCGUGUAAUGCAAGAACGCGACACAUGUAAAUUAUUAUGUUGUUUGAGUGGCAAGCCGUUCCCAACAGUUAAAUGGUACAAAGAUCGGCGCGAACUUAGCAAAUACGAAUAUUCAAUGUCUUCAUCAGACGGUGUCAUUACAAUGGAAAUUGUUGACUGUAAACCAGAAGACUCUGGCAAAUACUCUUGUAUUGCAACCAACAAACAUGGCACUGAUGAGACAUCAGCUGUGGUCAUUGUAGAAGGUAGUGGGGGCACCAAAGAACACGAACAAAUGGCACACAAAAUAUUACAUUCUGGUGAUCGUAAAUAUAUUGAACAACCAUUAAAGAACAUACCAAAAACAGUUACAAUCAAAAGAUCCACCAACGUCAACAACUCAACAAGCAGCAGAAGUGAACAACAUUCCUCAACAACCAAUCAUCAAUCAUCUACAGUUAAUAAUCAUUCAUCUUCACAUCGAUUACAGAGUUCAUCGUCAAAUAAGAAAAUAUCAAGUUUAUCAACAUCUGAUUCAUCAGAUUCAACACGUUCCAUGAAGAAGUAUGGCUCAAGACUUGAUUCAACUGGCAGUCCGAACAGAUCUCGUAGUGCAACAAAAGAAUUAAUAUUACCACCAGAUGAUUCUCUUAUGUGUAAACCAAAGUUCACAAAAGCAUUAUCUGACUUAACAAUAAAUGAUGGAGAACCAUUAACUUUACGAUGUACCGUUGAAGGUGAUCCAGAACCACAAAUAUCUUGGUCUAAGAAUGAUAAAGCUUUAAGUUCAUCUGAUAUCAUGGAAAUUAAAAAUAAGAAUGGUUUAUGUUCAUUAAUAAUAAAUGAAGUAUUCCCAGAAGAUGAAGGUCUUUAUGUAUGUAAGGCAACCAACUCAAUAGGAACUGUAGAAACAACAUGUAAAUUAACAGUUAAACCUAUGACCAACUCUAGUAGUGGGGGUAAAACUGUUAAAAAACAAACAGGACCAUCAAACAACCAAGCACCUAGAAUUGUGAGUCAUUUAGAUUCACGACAUGUGAACGAUGGUGAACCAGUUACCUUGUCAUGUCGAAUCAUUGGUGCUGAUCAAUUCGAUGUCGUCUGGCUCCACAACAACAAAGAAAUCAAACCAAGUAAAGACUUCCAAUAUUCGUCAGAAGCGAACAUUUAUAAAUUACAAAUAGCGGAAAUAUUCCCAGAGGAUUCAGGCACAUACACAUGCGAAGCAUUCAAUGAUGCCGGUGAAAGUUUCAGUUCGUGUACAUUAAAUGUUAUUGUACCGGGUGAACAACCAAAAGCUCCUGUAUAUAAAACAUUCCCAACAUCAACGACAGUGUUUGUGGGUGAAAGUGCACAAUUCACAGCAGAAACAACUGACGAGGUAUUGAAAAUUGAUUGGUUGAAAGAUGGCAAACCUAUUUCAACGUCCAGUGCGAAAUAUACAUUUAAUGUUGAUGGCAACAAAGUAAACUUCCAAAUAAAUGCAUGCGAAGUUAGUGAUAUCGGACAAUAUCAAGUGAAAGCUAUUGGCAAAAAGGGUGAAUCAUUUGCAACAUUCUCUGUUAAUGUUUGUACACAAUCAGAGUAAGAGUAAUUAAUUAUUUAUAAUUAAUUACCUACCUAUGUAUAAUUUAAUUUAUCUAAUGUUUUUAUACAUACCUACUUUACAUAACCUGCAAACUAUCAGAUGACAGAUAACAGAUAACAGAUAACAGAUAACAGAUAACAGUACUUGGUAUACUAAGUAGGUACAUCAAUAAAUCAAAUGUAAUUACAAACAAAACAUUACUCUCAUUAUGAUGUGUAAUAAAAAUUAUUAAUUAUUAUUAUUUUAUUAAUUAAAACAUCAAACAUAAGUGAUUUUGAUUCAAUAUUAACUACUGAUCAAUACUGAUCAAUACUGAUUGAUUUAUUUUUGUUUAUAAUUACCUACCUACCUACCUACUUACUUACUUA